UAAAAUAAAAAAUGUUGAAUUCAGCGCUCUCUCGACGUGAAGGAUACUGGUGGCACGUCGUUGUUUUGUUGUUGGACAUGAAGGUGCACUAACCUGUGGACGUUGUUUCUCGCAGACACUAUGAUACGAUAUUUUGACAUAAGCGUUAUUUUUUGUGUUACGCUCUAUUGCGCAUGCCUAGUGGUAGAUAGAAAACGCUGCCCGACGCCACUUCGCUCUGUCCUGGCCGUGAUGUAGGAGCACGGGAGAAAAAAGGAAAAAAAGUGAAAGGGAGCGGAGGACUAAAUAAUAAUGCGUUGGCAAAGUGGCAGCGUGGCGACCAAAGGAUUAGAAUUUAGAUCCUUCACGAAAUAGACUGUGCCACAAGCUGAAGAAUGUCAGGGACACCAAAUGCGGACGCUGAAGGAGUAGUCUCCAAAGUACAAGUGAAAAAGGAGAUCAAGACAAUCGUGGAGAAUUUGGAAACCAUCCUGGGAGACCUCAAGGAUGUAGCCAAAGAGCUCAAAGAGGUUGUUCAUGACAUUGACACCCUGACUGGUGACCUACAACUGGAGGAGGACGGACUGACGGACAGCUCUAAGACGGACACACUCAACUCCAGCUCGAGUUCCACCACUACCACCGCUUCCAGCCUGGAGAAGAUGAAGCUCUUUCCUGAUGACUGCAUCUUCAAACUACCUGCGACCAUCGCCCCGGUCCCCACCAACCCUCCUACAGUCCUGACUGUACUCAAGAAAUCCCACCCUCCUCUACCGCCACCCAGACUUACCCCGCUAAGAGCCGAGGAUCACAACAUUAAGAAUCUGCCUCAUCCAACAUUAGUGUUAUCAGGGAAUAUAUCAAAGGCUACCGGGUCUCUAAUGAGAAAUGGCGGGGGUUUUCCACUGAAGCCAAACAGGGAUUUAUUCUCCUCCACGCCGUGUUUUAUUUCUAAUGACAGUGGAAUCCCUGAGUCGGGUCUUGUUCCUACAUUACCCAGGCCCAUGCCUCUUCUCCGCCAUGAAAAGAACAAAUGCCCCAAGAACCCUGGCAGGGAGUCUCGUGAGAGGGAGCGCGUCCGUUUCAGUGAGAAGGUCCAGUACCACGGCUACUGCCCGGACUGUGAUCUCCAAUAUGAUGUAGAUGACACAGAACUACACUUACAGGCUGAGCUGAACGACUUGAGGCUCAGCCCAGUGCAUUGCUGCUCUUCCUCCUCCCCUCCUCCUCCUCAUGCUCUUCCUCACGAUCUAAUGUUGGAAAACGGCGGCCUUUCGGUCAGCCAUAGUUUCCCGCCAACAGCAAACACUACUCCACCUUUUGUGCCUCCUCACCCGCCUUCCCUCAAGCCCCAGAAAACAAUCUUACGCAAAUCAACAACAACCACGGUUUGACACCGAACCCCUUUGUUCUGUCUAACUUAAACAUUCUUGAAUCAUUCAUAGUGUUUUCUACUUUAUGAGCGCUUUCUACUCCAGUUGAACUUUGGAUUAUCCAAACAAAGAGAGGAAGAGUUGGGAAAUAGGAAACAAAAGGAUGGAUGAAGUGAGUGGAACAGAGAGAAAAGCAUUGCCAUGGGUGCUGAGACGUACACAGAGAGAUCAGGAAGAAGCGGGCCCAUUGAGAUACUUGAGAUACAAGUGGAAGGGAUGCUUGUUUCAUACCCUGAUUGACCCUGGUCAGUCAGGGAGCGAGGAGCCAGAGCUGAAGCCAAGCAUCAACAUUUUGUUUUACAUAAAGCGCUAUUGGCGCUCUACCACCAGGAGACGAGAUCAUGUAGACAAAUCCUUACUUUGACUUUUGAGCACUGAGCGACCUCCGGGCACAGUUGUGCCAGGGUAAUGUUGCUGUGAAACUGGGGAAGGAGGAAGUCUUCACUGUAUGUACAUGCAUACAGAUAGAUGCAUUUAUAGUUGUGGAGGUGAUAUUUUUGUUACAUAAGAAUUGUUAAAAUAAAGUUCAGAAUGCUGCUGAAACCCUAUCAUCAAAAGUAAAGAGGCAAGUUUAGAUGAAGAGGUACAAGAUGGGGUGAAAUGAUGUCAGCCAGUAUUUGAUUGAUGUCUACACAGACUUUUAUUCUGUGCAUACUCAGAUGGGAAUCAAUAGCUCCACUCAACCGAUGGAAUUUGCCUUUUAAGAAUUGUAAUUGUUUGUGUCUGGAGAGCCCGACAGGUCUUUGCCUGCAAGCAAACCGCAGCUCUGCUGGACUGCAGAUAAGGAGAAAAUAUUAUGUCAGUAUGCACAAUCACAGUGUAUUUUUGGAAAAACUAAUGGUUUGAAAUUGAUGGUGAUGUGGUCACUGAUCUGUGUCCAGACAUUAAGUUCAUUGUACAUCGAAAUCUAUGUGCUCAACUGGUGCCAUGCAAGCUAUGUUUUUUUUCACAAUAACAUGCAGAGAUACAGUAUAGUGGCAUAGUUACAGCUUUAAAGGAUCCUUGAAGAAGUAAUAAUUUGCAUCAAAUUUUCUUUGUAUACAAAUAUACAUGUACAUGUUUGAUAUCUAUAUAUUUCAGGCAUUUUUCUACAGAGACUUUAACAUUUAAAGAGAUGAUAUUUUUGAUAUUGUGUUGGAUGACUGAGAGGUAUUUUGACGAGAGCUGACAUUCCCUCGAGGUACAUGUUUUUCAGCGGGGCAUAGCAGGAUGAGUUAUUUAUAUACAGCAACGGGAUAGUGUUUGUGUGGAUGAACAACAAGUGCUUCAGUAUUAUCACUUCAAAAAACUUUACAGAAUGGGAUGUAAUGUGAGAAAGAAAAUGUAAGUUAGAGAAGAUAAAUGGCGUAAACCAAAUACCUAGAUGUGCUUUAUCAGACGGGAGGCAUGGGGCUGAAUGAAUGCAUGACUGACUUUUCACUUUGUCCUGACAUCACUGUGUUUUUCUAUGCAUUUCUGUGGAGAGGCUGUCUGUUGGUGGGUUCAACAUGCAGGGUGCUCUGCUCUCCAUAAUAUUUAAGAAGUUAAGAAGUAUUCCCUCUCAUUUCUCACAUAAUGUCCAUCAGGUUAUUUCUGCAGCCACUAAACCUGAUAAAUGUUCUGGGUUUUUACCACAUUGCUUAAGCCAAUGAGUUAUUGGUAAUUAAAUAAUACUGAUAAUACAGUUUAUUUAUAUAGCACUUAUCAAAACUGGAGAUUACAAAGUACUUUACAAGUGCAAAAUAAAAAAUAAAGAAAUAGAAUAAAAAGGAAGAAUAUUAAUAUAUGUAACAUGUAUUUUCAUAGGCCAUUUUGGAUCAAUGAAAGAGUGAGAAAUAUACGUUGGAGAGCAACAAAUUCUUUGAUAUACACAGCCUCUCUCCACAUUCAGACUGGAGGCACCACACUCGUAAACGCCACCUCUUUGUUCUCACUGGACACAGAGACUGAGUUCAUGACCAAACUCUGGAUCAAUCAAGAAUCCGUUUUAAAGAUGAUUGGAAUGUCUGAAGAAGCUGUCAGUGGUAUUUUGUUGUGUGUGUCCACAAACUGUUGGAAAAUAACUUGCG